UUAGUUGGCACGCUUGUUGAUAAGAUUAGUUUUCAAGUUUUCUUGGUUUCAUAUUUCUACAUGGAUGUAAUUAUUGUGUCAUGUAAGCGCGUUAGUAUAAGAAAGGCGGUAGAUUUUCAAUGUUUUAGACACGACAAAGUAUUUAGGUAACUUUGAUAAUGAUUGUAAUUGCAUAAGACGAACUUUACUUAACGGUAUGGCAACCAGAAGGAAUAGGAUAAAGGGUAUUGCAAACAUUCCUCAGAGACGAAAGGUAGAAGAUAAAGUGAAAGAAGUUGAUACCGAAAACAAGGAGUGUUUACCAGACACAGAAUCGGGCACUAAAGGUAACGCCAAAGUCGCUAGUUUGAAUGUAGAACACAAGGACACUCCUACUAGCACUGUUCAAGAAACGGAUAAUGUUGCUGAUCUUUCAAAUAAUAAGAAUGAAUGUACUGAGAGUGCUGCUGAUCCAAUUGUUCCAAAGGAAGGAAGUGUGACAUCGGAUGCUGUAGCAUCAAGUGGUAGAGACGAGGUCGAUGUGCAGAAUCUCCCAAGUACUACAAAUAGUAGCAUUUCUCAAAGGCGUACAUUUAUAAAACCCAAAAUUAAUCUCAAAUCGUUAUCCCAGAAACUAAAACCAAAAGUAACUAAAAUUGACCUGGUUCCUAAUGAAUGCCCCGUAAAUGCCGGCAAUGAUUGUGAAAUUGUCAGCAAUCCACAAUCGGAGAUACAUAUACCACCGAGCACAAGCAAUCCAAUUUCAGAUUCUGAAAAUAUACCCGAACCACAAAGUCCUACAAAGAUACUGAAUCGGUCACGGAUUAAAGCUGUACCGCGCUUGAAUCAGCGAAGAAUUAGUACAACCAUUCAUGGCAGCGCUAGCGAAUCAGAAGACGAUACACGAAAAACAUACAAGAGAGUCAAGACAGAUUCUAUUUGCUCCACCGCAUCGGGCACGUGCGAGCCAGCCGCCAAGAAUGCACCGGAUGCUGGGCAGCAAAAAGAGUCGAGUUCUAGUGUACAGAAGAAAGGCAAACGUAGCGAACAAUCUAGCAAAAUGGCAGAAGCCAAACGUAAUUUCCAGACUAAGUUUCGCAACCAAGCUCCUGAAAAGCAAAAGUUAACAAUGUACGACUUAAUAUUUUAUAAUCCUGCCACAAAACCAAUGACCAAAAAUAGCGAACAAUCCGAUAGGAGGGAAGAGGAGAGAGUAGAUAGCCCUACCAAUUGUGAUUCACCCAACAAGAAUGUUGAAAGUGAUGAUGAUAAUAAUAGCGUUCCCGUCCCUCAAAUUAAAAUAGGCAAAAAUGGGGAAAUUAUUAUCGACGAAAAAAGCUUAAUUGUUGAAAAUAAACAAACUAAAAAGGAUCGUGAAAAUUUAAAGAAUUCUGAACUUGUCAACGGUGACUUUGACACUGGGUACGGGGUGUACAAGAAAGUACGACGUUCGAAAGAUUGGAGUAAUGAAGAAACUUUGUUUUUCUACAAGGCGUUACACACAUUAGGGACGGAUUUCUCGCUUAUGUUGCAGCUGUUUCCUGGACGUACAAGACGCGAGUUAAAAAUGAAAUUUAAAAAGGAGGACAGAAUCAAUCACACUUUAAUUGACAAAGCGCUCUCGCAGCCGUUAAGGUUCAACAUUAAGGAGCUGAAAGAGGAAGCCCUGCUAAAACAGAAGAUAAGGGAGGUGGAGGAAGAUCAAAAACAAAAACGCGUGAAACAAUUACAGCAAGAAAACAAAAAUAACGUCCUUUCUUAUUCUCGUGCUCGUCCCAAACGUAAAGAACAGCCAGGUCGUAAACGAAAGGUAGAAAAGCCCAAGGGGGAUAUUUACAGCAAACUUGAAAAGGGAAUAGCGUCUGUCUGGAAUAAUUCAAAUAGUGAUGACGAAAACGGUUCUAGUGACUCGUCCUGUGAAGUAACCGUAUCGAAUAUUUUAAAACAGACUAGAUAUGGCCGAAUACCUAACAAAAAGAGGAGUGUGCCACAAAAAUCUGUCGAAGCACCCGCCAAGCGUGUAACAGAGCAAUCGAAAGACUUGGAGCCCGGCGCUGUCAUGAUCACAUGCACACCAACUCCGAGGGGAGAAACAACGUUUAAAGUAUUCAUGGUUACCCCGGAACACACUCAAGUACCUAUCGAUUUCCCAUCCGACGUAAUCAAUACCUUUGCCAGAAAUUUUACUUCCAAGAAAAAUGAAGGUAGUUGCGAACAAAUUUUGGAACACAAUUACACCAUCUGUCAUGAUGAUGUGGCUAAUGUAACUACAAAUGAAGAACAAGAGAAACCGACUGAGUAGUGGUAAAAUCUGUAUAAAUUAGAAACUUGUUAAAUAAAUUUUUUUAAUAUUUA